AGGUUGGGCCAGGGGCUAGGCUGCGAGGAGAGUCGGCACUCGCAGCGCGGAGCCAGAAAGUCGCCGAGACUCUGGUGGGACUCAGAGUUGUCUCCAGAGCUGGCGAGCGUGGAGGUCCUGCAGCGGAUCCAGCGCGAGGCACCAACAAAAGAGGCGAGAGGUGCCACCCAGGGGCGGCAGCAGGAAGAGGAGCGAGAGUUAAGCGUCCCGACCCGCCGUGCGUACUUUCCUAGAGGGAAGGGGCGGGGGAAUCGCCACGGGAGGGGACGCCCGCUGGAAAGGGGGUGUUAGCUAAGUUCCGGUUGCGGCGUCCCUCCUCCGCUCCCACGAGAGGAAAGUUUUCUCCAGAAGCUUCCUGCCGAUCCGCGCCCUCCGGGCCCAGCUUCCGAGUCUUCGGAGCGGGCGCCAGGCCAGCUCCGGGGAGACCCGUGCCGUGAUGCCUGGGGGGUGCUCCCGAGGCCCCGCCGCCGGGGACGCGCGGCUGCGGCUUGCGCGGCUGGCUCUGGUCCUUCUGGGCUGGGUCUCCUCGUCUUCACUCACCUCCUCGGCGACCUCCUCCACCUCCUCAACGUCGUUCCUGGCCUCCGCGGUGUCUGCCCAGCCUCCUCUGCCAGGCCAAUGCCCCGCGCCGUGCGAGUGCUCAGAAGCGGCGCGCACCGUCAAGUGCGUUAAUCGCAACUUGACCGAGGUGCCGGCGGACCUGCCCCCUUACGUGCGCAACCUCUUCCUCACGGGCAAUCAGCUGGUAGUGCUCCCGGCCGGUGCCUUCGCUCGCGGACCGCCGCUGGCCGAGCUGGCCGCGCUCAACCUCAGCGGCAGCCUCCUGAACAGGGUGGAAGCCGGAGCCUUCGAGCGUCUGCCCAGCCUGCGCCAGCUCGACCUCAGCCACAACCCGCUGGCCAAUCUCAGCCGAUUCGCUUUCUCCGGGAGCAACGCCAGUGUCUCGGCCCCCAGCCCCCUGGUGGAACUGAUCCUGAACCACAUCCUGCCCCCUGACGAUGAUAUGCUGCAGAACCGGAGCUUCGAGGGUAUAGUGGCGGCUGCCCUGCGAGCUGGCCAGGCGCUGCGCGGGCUCCGCCGCCUGGAGCUGACCAGCAACCACUUUCUCUACCUGCCCCGCGACGUACUGGCCCACCUGCCGGGCCUCAGGCACCUGGACCUGCGCAACAACUCGCUGGUUAGCCUGACUUAUGUGUCCUUCCGCAACCUGACACACCUAGAAAGCCUCCACCUGGAGGACAACGCCCUCAAGGUCCUUCACAACAGCACCCUGGCAGAGUUGCAAGGCCUGCCCCAAGUCAGAGUUUUCCUGGACAACAAUCCCUGGGUAUGCGAUUGCCACAUGGCGGACAUGGUGAACUGGCUCAAGGAGACAGAGAUUGUGCAAGACAAAGCCAGGCUUACCUGUGCAUUCCCGGAAAAAAUGAGGAAUCUGGUUCUCCUGGAACUCAACGGCUCCGACCUGAACUGUGACCCUAUCCUCCCUCCAUCCCUGCAGACUUCUUAUGUCUUUCUAGGUAUUGUUUUAGCCCUGAUAGGUGCCAUUUUCCUACUGGUUUUGUAUUUGAAUCGUAAGGGGAUAAAAAAGUGGAUGCAUAACAUCAGAGAUGCCUGCAGGGAUCACAUGGAAGGGUAUCAUUACAGAUAUGAAAUCAAUGCGGACCCCAGGUUAACAAACCUCAGUUCUAAUUCGGAUGUCUGAGAAACGUAUGAGGACAGAAUAAGGACAACUAUGCAUGAGAUGUAGACUUAAUUAAGCUUUAUCCUGUCCUAGGCUUGCUCCACCUCCACCCUCCACUGUAGACACCACUGACCUUGACUGAAAGCAGUGAAGGGAAUAUUCUCCCUUGUCAUGUAAAGUGUCUUGGUAUGGUCCGGUAAUGUCAGAUGAUGAACAAUUGCAUAGACUUCUAUCCUCUUCCCUUUCUUGGAACUCAACACGAAUGGAGGGAUUUUUCAAGUUUCAGCAUGAACAUGGACUCCUGGCUGUCUGUUUCUCUUAGUACAGUUCAAUGUGUAACCAAUGUACUGACACAGAUAGCAUUCAACAAAAGCUGCCUCAACUUUUUUGAGAAAAAUACUCUAUUCAUAAGUAUCAGUUUUAUUCUCAUGUACUGUACCUAAAUUGUGAAGAAAAUUAUUGCAUUCCAUAAACUGCCUGCAGACCUUAGCAAGCUCUUCAAAGUAACUCCAUAGUACACAGGAGCACCUGCAUCCGAGAGCAUGCUUAUAUUUUACUGUUCUGCCUAUUACAAAAAAUAACUUGCACCUUCAGAUAACUUCUUUGACAAAGUAAAUUACUUUUCUGAUUGCAGUUUAUAGUAAACUAUAUGGAAGUUGUUUUAUAAACUGCAUCGAGAUCCAACAGGCUAAAUUGUU